AUGUCGUUGGCGAGGGCCAUGUUCCACCUCUUGGAGGCCCAGCAAGUGAAGAAGUUGGCUGAGGCCGAUAUGGAAGCUCAAAUUCGCAAACGCUACAUGGCCGUGAUGCGGGUAUCCCGGGACAAGGAUCAGAUGGAGAUCGAUGCUGUUAAUAGCAUGUGGGACUAA